GCGUACCGCAGCCGCCCAGUGUGCGUCUGACUGUGUAGCGGGAGGAGGUACACUCACUCUCCUCUCUCAGUGCUGUGCUGGUGAGUGGCAUUCUGGACCUGCCCCACAGCAUUUGUGCAUCAUAUUCUUUAUAAGGAUUACAGAAACCAGUUGUGCCAUAGUGGUUAAUCCUGGCAGAAGAGUUUUGCCAUCUGAAGGAGUUGAUCUGUCAAGACGCCCAAGGUUGUGAGGUUGUCGGCGGCGCCAGGAGGAGCAGCCGGGAGGGCAUCAGCAGGUGGUAGGCUUGCUGCACCGCGGGACACAACCACGCCCAUGUUUUCACCCUUCACUGCCUGACCUACUAAAGUCACCAUGAAGUUUAUACACUUAUAUGGAUUGUGUUUACUAUUACUUUUGGCAGUAGUGUGUUCAGGUGGGAGCGACGACCACCCGGAAGGCCUCUCAUCGGUCGACCACAAUCAAGUUGAAGCAGCAAAAGACUUCGCGGAUGUCGGGGAAGGUGUCUUAACUGACGAGGGUGUAUUAGCUGACGAGGGUGUAUUGUCUGAAGACGGUCUACAGCCGCGCCAGUCAGGCAGGACCCGCACCAAGACCUACCGUACCUCCUCCUCCAGCACCAGGGUCAUACGACCAGGGGAUGCGGAGGCCGAGUACGACCCUCAGCGGCAGGGCGGCGUCGUCUACGGUCGUUCCUACGUUCCGUCUACCAUCAGACGGGGCAAGGGCCGAGGCCGCUCCCGUCCAACUUCUUCCUCCUCCUCCUCUUCUUCCUCCACCUCGGUGACGGGCUCGGGCGGGGUGACCCGGGAGACAGUGAGCCACACCCAUGGCAGCCCUGGCGUCCACACCACCACCUACACUAGCCUGUACCCAGAGUCCGCCGUUACCGGCCACACCCACGACGCUGGCUCCUGGUCUACCUCUGACUCUUCUCCCUCUCAUCGCUCCUCCUCUAGGCGUGUGUCCUCAACCUCGAGGUCGCAUUCACGAAGCGAGGGUAGGAGGGUAGAAGGGGCAGAAGAGGAGGAGGAGGAGACGCCGUCCAUUGUGGACGAGUCGUACUUCAACCAGCGUCAUGGGCAGACCGAAGACGGCCAAGACUUCUUUCGCUGGAACGGGCAGGAAUAUACGGGCGUCGGCCGCUCCGGGUCGUCUGUCUCGCAUCGCGUUAAUACCACCAGGACCACCACUACCCACACACAUCCAGGUCAAUCCACCACCUACACAUACACUUACCCCGGGGGCUCGAGCGUCACCACGUACAGGAACACCACCACAUACACCUCCCAUAUCCCAGGAUAUUCCACGUCGGAGAGCCAGAGGGGCUCCAUCAGCACUGGGUCCUCUAGAACAUCCAGCACACGCUACGGGACCUCGUACAACCGUCACUACGACUCCCUUGGCGGCGCCUCCUCUAGUUCUACGUCGUCGUCCGUCAGUGGCGGCGACGUCAGCAGGGGAAGCGAGGUGGGUUUUGGCGAGAGUUACCACAGGAACACGGAGGAGGACCAGCUGACUCUGGAGUACGAAGAGGAGGACUACGACGAGCGGUUCGCCCGUGGUCCCGUCAUCUCUGAAGCGGACCGGACGCACCCCUUCGUGGUACUAGGGCUGGGCUCCACCUCAGCGGUAGUGUCCCGCUGGGCUGGCGUCACAACGUGGCUUGUCAAGACAGCAUCUGCAACGGACACCACUCCCUCAGAGGACCGUGAUCGGGCUGCUUGCCAGCGUGGUUAUGGUCAGCGAUCAUCCCACCCUUGUGACCAGAGCUCCUGCUACCCAGCCACUGGCAACCUAUUAAUAGGUCGGGAGAAGAGCCUCUCUGCCACCUCCACCUGUGGCCUCUACAGGAGGGAGCGGUACUGCAUAGUGUCUCAUCUGAAGGACCGCAAGAAGUGCUUCUGGUGUGACUCACGGCCGCAGUGGGAUGGCAGCCCCCAGUAUUCUCACAAGAUCGAUAAUAUCGUUUAUAGAUUUGACCCUCGGACUAGAAGGCGUUCGUGGUGGCAGAGUGAAAAUGGUUUGGAAGACAGUAGCAUCCAACUGAACCUGGAGGCUGAGUUUCAUUUUACUCAUCUUAUCAUCACAUUCAGAACCUUUAGACCUGCUGCUAUGCUCUUUGAGAGAUCUUUUGACUUUGGAAAGACAUGGAAGGUGUACAGAUACUUUGCCUACGACUGUGCUGAAGCUUUUCCAGGAAUCCAUCAGGGUCCUCCAACCUCUAUUAAUGAUGUAGUUUGUGAAUCUCGCUAUUCAGCUGUUGAACCAUCCACAGAGGGUGAAGUAAUAUUCAGAGUUCUACCGCCAAACAUUGAAAUAGACAACCCAUACAGUGAUGAGGUUCAAAACCUGCUAAAAAUUACAAAUCUUCGUGUCAACUUCACCAAACUUCACACUCUUGGUGAUCAGCUUUUAGACAAUAGGCGUGAAAUUAAGGAAAAAUAUUAUUAUGCUAUCUAUGAUAUGGUGGUGAGAGGAUCAUGUUCAUGCUAUGGGCAUGCAUCACGCUGUUUACCACUGCCAGGUGUAGAAGAUCGAGCAGAUAUGGUACAUGGGCGCUGUGAAUGCACGCAUAAUACUAAAGGUCUUAACUGUGAAAAUUGUGAAGACUUUUUUAAUGAUUUACCUUGGAGACCUGCUGUUGGAAAGGAAUCCAAUGCUUGUAAAAAAUGUAACUGCAACAAUCAUGCAUCAUUGUGUCAUUUUGAUCCACAAGUUUAUGAGGAUACAGGUCGAAUCUCUGGGGGUGUGUGUGAUGAUUGUUCGCACAACACUCAAGGUCGUAACUGUGAAGAGUGCAUACCAUUCUAUUAUCAGGACCCUAACAGAGACAUACGGGAACCUGAGAUAUGCCAGCCCUGCAACUGUGAUACCCGUGGUUCAAUUGACAAUGCCAUAUGUGAUUCUCGCACUGAUAUUUCUGGUGGCCUACUUGCUGGCAGGUGCCACUGUAAAGUAUAUGUUGAUGGCCUGAAGUGUGACCGCUGUAAGGCUGGCUACUGGAACUUCUCGGCUGAAAACCCAGAGGGAUGUCAGGCCUGCUCAUGUGAUAUCCUGGGAACUAUUAAUAAUUUGGGCUGCAAUGUCCUGACGGGCGAAUGUUCCUGUAAGCGUUUUGUUACUGGUCGAGACUGUAACCAAUGCUUGCCUCAACAUUAUGGCCUCUCAGAGCACCCAGAUGGCUGCCAGCCAUGUAGUUGUGAUAGAGGUGGUGCACUCGACAAUAACUGUGAUGUUAUCAGUGGUCAAUGCAAGUGUCGCCCACAUGUCUCUGGUCGUCGAUGUGACGUCCCUGAAGAAGGUUACUAUGUGGCAACAUUGAACUACCUUACUUAUGAAGCUGAACUUGCACGGGGUUCUGAGCUUUAUUGUGAGGAGGCGAGUCUGUAUGACUUCAGAAAAUCCAGUGGAAAUAAUUGUCAAGUUGUGAUGAGGGAACCAUAUCGUGAUGGACGAGUGACCAGCUGGACGGGCCUGGGCUUCAUGAGAGUGUUUGACAAUUCCUACCUUGAGUUUGAGAUUGAAAACAUUGAAACAAACAUGGAAUAUGACCUUGUCAUUCGCUACGAACCUCAGUUUCGUGGGGAAUGGGAAAAUGUUGUGGUGACCAUCGAACGUCCAGAGCCUAUUGAUCCAAAUGGACCCUGUGGAAAUAGCCGACCAAUAGAUGACCAGAUGAGACUUAGUCUACCAGACAGUCAGCGGCAAGUAACAGUAUUCCCACCUGUGUGUUUAGAGGCUGGAAAGCGGUACAAAAUACGAAUUGACUUUAGUCGAUCAAAUGCUCGAACAGAUUCUCCCUCUGCAUCCAUCCUUGUUGACUCUAUCAUGCUGAUUCCAAGGGCUGAAAAAUUGCCAUUUUAUUCUGGCUCUUUAGAAAAUGAUGAUCUUCGCUAUGAAUAUGAGCGAUAUCGCUGCAGUGAAAGCUUCUAUGAAGGGCAAAAUCUUGCCACAGUCCCUGAAGUCUGCACAGAUAACCACUUUGGCAGCAUUGGCUUCUAUGUAUAUGGACAGGCUUUCUCAUGUCAGUGUGAUGGCACAGGCAGCUACAGCAGCAUCUGCAGUUCGCUAGGUGGUCAGUGCGAAUGCAAACCUAAUGUUGUCGGGCGUAGAUGUGAUCGUUGUGCACCAGGUACUUACGGGUUUGGUCCUGAAGGAUGUAAAGCCUGUGAUUGCAGUCCUGUUGGAGCUUUAGACAACUUUUGUGAUCAGCAGACAGGUCAUUGUAAAUGUCGGCCAAAUACAUAUGGUCGCCAGUGUGGCGAGUGUCAACCUGGAUUUUGGAACUUCCCUAAUUGUCAGCGAUGUGAGUGCAAUGGCCAUGCCGACACAUGUGACUCCUACUCGGGUAUCUGUCAUGAGUGUCGUGACAAUACAACUGGACCAAACUGUGCUCUGUGUAUUGGAGGUUUUUAUGGUGAUCCACGUCUGGAUGUGGGCAUUGCUUGUAGACGGUGCCCAUGUCCUGGUACAGAAGACUCUGGUCACAGUUUUGCUGCUCGUUGCUCCCUUGACCCUCGAACCAAAGAUGUUAUAUGUGAAUGUGAAGAAGGUUAUGCAGGAUCCCGCUGUGAUGUGUGUGCAGGUAACUACUUUGGUAAUCCAGAGAUACCAGGUGGUAGUUGUCGGCCUUGUAACUGCAACAAUAACAUUGAUAUUUCUCGGCCUGGAAAUUGUAAUGCACGUACUGGGGAGUGUGAGCAGUGUCUUUUCAACUCUUAUGGAUUCUACUGUGAACGCUGCCAACCAGGAUUUUAUGGUGAUGCUCUCAACCAGCAAUGCAGAGAAUGUGUGUGCAAUAUCCUGGGCACCAAUCAGUCCAUUGGUGUAUGUGAUCAUGAGACAGGGCAGUGUCCAUGUCUCCCUAAAGUACUAGGACUGGAAUGUGAUCACUGUGCUCCCAAUCACUGGAAGAUUGCUUCUGGUGAAGGUUGUGAGCCAUGUGCCUGCGAUGUUGUUGGAUCAUACUCUGAUCAGUGCAAUGAGCAAUAUAGACAGGGCUUUGGUCAUAGAAAUUAUUUUGAUGGGGUAUGCGAGUGUCGUCCAGGAUUUGGUGGCCGCCAAUGCAACCUGUGCCAGGCCAACUUCUACGGAAAUCCUCGGAUAGAAUGUUUAGCAUGCAAUUGCAACUUUGAAGGCUCAGAGACUCUUCAGUGUGACCAUGAAACUGGACAGUGCAAAUGUCUGGAAGGCAUUGGUGGGGACAAGUGUGAUGAAUGUGCACGAGGGUUUACUGGACGAGCACCUCAUUGUCAACCGUGCGGAGAGUGUUUUGACAACUGGGAUUUCAUACUUACAGAACUGAAAGACCGUACACAAGCCCUAAUUGCUGCAGCUGGACAGAUCAAGCAAUCGGGAGCAACUGGCGCAUAUAGUCAUGAGUUUGAGUCAAUGGAAGAAAAGAUUAACGAUGUAAGAGAUAUCUUGCUAUCAGCUAACAUGACUUCACAGAGUUUAGUCUCUCUCGAGGAUCUCAUUCAAGAACUCAGAGCAAAUUUAACAAAUGCUGCUGCUGAGCUCCAGGGUCUAGAAGGAGGAGUGGAUAACACCACACAGCGCAUCUCUCUAGCUACCAAUGCUUUAGCUGAUCUCCGUCUACAGGCAGAAGAGCUAAGGAAUCAAGCCGGUGACCUGAAGGAAAAGGCAACUAAACUACAAGAGGCCAAUGUUGAAGGAGCACUGAAUUUGACUCGGUAUGCUGGAGAGAGGUCACGUGCUGCACAAGAGCGAGUUGACUUCACACAGGUUAUUGUGUCUGAAUCUGAGCGUAAUCGCAGGAGGAUUGAAAAUCUCCUUUUGCAUGCGGGUGAUCGGUUUAACCGCACACAAGAUGAAAAUGAAGCAAAGUUGUCUGGACUUAGUGAUAUGUUGGAUGAUAUGGAUGGGGGAAUGCCGGAUCUUAAUGAACAGGUGUGUGACCGACGAGGUGAUCCAUGCGACACCUACUGUGGGGGUGCUGGCUGUGGCAAGUGUGGUGGACUCUCUUGCAAUGAUGGUUUAGUCAACACUGCUGAACUUGCUCUCAAGUUUGCUGAUGAUGCAGAAGAAACGCUAAAGAAAAAAGAAGCAUCGGCAGAUGAGCUUUUGAGAGGUGUUUCGGGUGCCAAACGUCAGUCUGACAUUGCUUUUGACCUUGCUAAAAUGGCAUUUGAGAUGACUUUCCAGGCUCGCAAUAUGACUGACUCUCAUAGAGCAGCAAUCUCUAAGCUCCUUGAAGAAAUUGAAGAGUACUUCAAUGUACCAGGAGCUAAACCCAAGGAAAUUAGAGUGCUAGCUGAAGAGGUGUUAGCUCUGGAUAUUUCCCUAAGACCAGAGCAGAUUACAGACCUUGCUGAAAGAAUUACCCUUACCAUUGAUUCUCUAACAAAUAUUGAUGCCAUUAUUGAUGCUACCAGAAAUGAUCUGGACAUUGCUGUACAACUUAAAGAGCGUGCUGACCAGGCCAAGAAGAAGGCUGUAGAUGCAUUAAAUGUGUCGGAGCGUGUAUUGGAGGCUUUGGAGGAAGCUGGUGCUGCUCAGAGUGCUGCAGAAGAAGCCGUCUUGAAAGCUAGUGAUGAUAUACACGCCACACAGACGCACCUCACACAGAUUGCAAGUGAGACUAGUGUAGCGCAGGCCAAAGCAAAUUCAUCUCUUAAAGAAGUGCAAGAUUUAGAAAGUCGCGUUGAAAAGGUGAAGAUUCAGUACAAGAUCAACCAACGACAUCUUGAAGACACAACAAAUGCUGUUAGUCAAGCAGCACUUAAAGCCCAGCGUGCAGCAAAUGAUGCUAAGCAACUUGAAGAUAAAUACCUGACAGUAGCAGAAAGGUUACAGUUAAAAGCUGAAGCAGCAGAACAAGCAAGAAUUAGAGCAGAAGAACUUAAAACGAGAGCAAAUAAACUAGCAUCGGAGGCAUUUGCAAAAUUAGCCACUCUUAAAGAAAUGGAAGGAGUCUUCCAGAACAAUGAAAAUAUACUUGAAAACCAUGAGGAACAAAUCCGAUUAAUGGAAGUGAGCAUGAUAGAAUAUCAUGAAUAUAUAUUGCAGAAGACAGAAUUUUAUGCCACAUGUGAUUCUGGAACUCGCUGAUAUUCUUCAUAGCAAGAAGAUAGUGUUGUGUAUAGCAGAUUUGAAGUUAGAACUGUGUGUUGGCAAAUUUGGGGGGGAAAUUACUUCAAUGUUAAAUGUUAACUAAAUUGUUAUAUUAUGGAAAAAUUAACAAAUUUCUUACUCGGUUCACAUUUCAGAUAUUUCCUAUACAGUAAUUAAUAUAAUUUCAUGUUAAAGUAUACAUGUUAAAGUAUAAAGUACCCUUUCAACAACACUACAGUUUGUCUCUCUAUGGUGACAACUUCUGAUAUAUAAAUGGCAAUUUAUAGUAGAAAUAACUUGACCCUCUCUAAACCCAUAAAAACUGAAGAUAUCUAAACUUUAUUAGUAUGAAUAGAGAUGCAAAAUGUUGCAAUUUUGUAUUUACCAUAAUUUAACUUAUUUGUCAUAUAUGUAUGGCUACUUGUAUUUGCUGAACUAAUAAUUUACAUCAUGAAAUAGGCUUAUAUUUAUCACUAUUUCCUCAAUUAUAUUAAUAUACUGCAUUACAUUGAAAAAAUUUCCUUAGACAUAUGAUGAGUGCACAGUUAGGUGAUAUUUUGUAAAACAAGUGCAUAAUGUGGUUGUAUGCUCCCGACAGGAUGCCACCAGUCUUAAGUGGCACCGCGUGGCCACAUCCAGUCACACUACUGGUAGAGUCACUGGCACUUACAGUAGCAUUGUGAUAGGUUGCUUGGGACUAAGCAUGACAUGUUACAUUCACAUGUGCAUACCUCCCCUGCUAGGAUGUGUAUGUGUAUUUAUGCACAUGUAUGAAUAUACUUGUAUGAUUUUGAUAAAUAAAACAAAAUAAAUUGAUGGAUAAAUUUUGGUAAAUAGAAUACUGUACAUUGCUUUUUAAUGUAAAUUAUUUUUAUUAAAUUAAUACGCUGUAACUAUUUAUUUUAAAGAUAAUUAGAAAUAUGAAAGCACUUGAGAUGCAUCGAGACCUCCGUUAUCUCUCGGAUCUGUAUUCUUAUAAGAAUAAUGCAAGAUAUUUUAAUGCAUCUAAAUUACAGAAGUAACAUAAUUACAUUACAAGUAAGGUACAGUCAGUGUUGCAAGAAAACCAUGUGCAAUUUGAGAUUAAUACAUUUUACCUAGACAGUUGAGUCGGAACUCUCAAGGCAUAAAUUAGAUACAAUAGAUUGUUCUUAAAUCUAAGUUUUGAAGUUACAGAUGGCUAUAUUUUUGCCUAUUUUUUUUUUCUUCUCCAAUGAAGGUGCAGCAUGAACUGUUGUACAGUACUGUACAGUAAUUAGUGGACAUAUUUAUAGUGUAUACAACAAAUUUAAAGGAAUGUAUCCAUCAGCAAAAAUGCUAAUAAUAAAAUUAAAAAUACACUUCUGGUCUCGUCCAAUGUGGAUUAACAAAUUUUGUUACUGUUACAAAAAUAAGCAUUACCAUCAGCAAAAAACCUGUCUUUACACAGUAGUUGAAUGUGGAGUUGAAUAAUUUAGUUAUGAAAUAAUGCUAACGAAGUAAAAAGCUUCAGUAAAUGUAUUCCUGAAAUAUCACCUGAUUACACACACACAUCAUGCAUCAUUAAACACAAAUGAACUCAUUAUGGCAAUUAGUGUAAUUUUUAUUCACUAUUUUACUGAAAACCAAUUUAGUUUAUAAAACGUGUUUAGCCUUAGGUUCUGGAUAAAGUAGUGAUAGUUAUUUAAUUGUGGAUUGAGUUUGUAAAUAAUCAUGGUCUUCUAUAACCUUUUUAGAUGCCAUAUUUUGAAGUGCCAUUUUCUAAUUAGAUUUUUGCAAAAAUCUGCAUAUUCAAUUAUUUUUCUCUUAAUUUAUAGCAGCUAUACAAAUUUAUUUUGCAGACAAAAUAAAUGGUAAGCAUUAAGUGCAACAAUACAAAAUAAUCUUAACUAGUCCCUUAAUUUGUACAUACGCAAAUAAUUAUUUUUCUGGUAUGUCUGUGCUUAUACAAAAUAACAUGUAUUGUACAAUGUUUGUUUUAUAAAAAAAAAAAAACCUUAAGAGUUAAACUGAAAUUUGGGUGCUACUUGUGUACAAAAUACAAAGCUUCUCUCACAUGUGCCACUUGUGUGUGUAAUGAUAAUGAACUUCAUAAUAAAUGUUGGGAUAGGUA